GGAGGUGCUCCCCGCUGCCCCGCAUCCCGCCGCCCCGGUGGCGGGGCUGCUGGCCGGGGUGAUGCGCUGAACUCGGCGGUCCGCUGUGCGUGGUGCUCGGCCACGGUGUGGGAGCACAGCCUGCGGAAGCAGAGCCUGCACUGCUCCCUGCGCACAGAGCAGCCCUGCUGCACUGCGGGGUGGGCCGGUGCCCUGGAGGAAUGUUUCAGCCCCGGAAGGAUGAGGCUUGCAGGCAGGAGUAGCGCUGUGCUGUGUGCUUCAAACACAAGCGGGUCCUUGGGUUUGGCCAACCUGACCCAAGAGACCACGGACAGAGCUUCAGGGGUUAAAUGAGCGUGGUGUAAAUUGAGGAACAGAGGUAGGGAAUAAGCGGUCCCAGUAAAUUCCUUGUGAUCCCAAGCGAUGGAAAAACAGAGUGUGCACUGUGAGUCACAGCGUGAGGAGCGGUGUCUCAAAGCAGUGGGGCUGCAGUGCGUGGGGCUGCGGGCAGAGCGGGAGCAGUGCGGUGCUGCGGACCCCAGCUUGCUGGCAAUGGAGACCGUCUCUUCUUCUCCAUCACCCUUCCCUGACAGCUCCCCCUCCAUGCCCUCUGGGAAUGCCACAGUCCACGACCACUACUCUGGCCUCCAGAAGAGCCUGCAUGUCCUCUCCAUGGUGGUGUACAGCAUUGCCUGUGUGCUGGGGGUGACAGGGAACGGCCUCGUCAUCUGGAUUGCAGGCUUCAAGAUGAAGAAGACAGUGAACUCAGUGUGGUUCCUCAACCUGGCCAUCGCUGACUUCAUCUUCACCUUUUUCCUGCCCCUCAGCAUCAUCUACACCGCUCUGGACUUCCACUGGCCCUUCGGGAAGCUGCUGUGCAAGCUGAACAGCACCAUUGCCUUCCUCAACAUGUUCGCCAGCGUCUUCCUCCUGAUGGUCAUCAGCGUGGACCGCUGCGUGGCCGUGGCCUUCCCCGUGUGGUCCCACAACCGCAGGAGCCCGGAGCUGGCGGCCAGGGUGGCGCUGGGGACGUGGGGGGUGGCUGUCCUGCUCAGCUCCCCGUACCUCAUUUUUCGUGACACUGCGGUCAGUUCCCGUAACAUCACCAGCUGCUACAACAACUUCGCGCUGUCUGAUGACUACACGGCCGAGGAGACACGGAGGCUGUGGAGGAUGCGGCACAAAGCGAUGAUCGUAACGCGGUUCUUAUGUGGGUUCCUCAUCCCCUUCACAGUGAUUCUCAUCUGCUACAGCGUUGUUGCUGUCAAGCUGAAAAGAAGGCAACUAGCCAGCUCUGCAAAGCCGUACAGAAUUAUCAUUGCCGUCACAGUCUCAUUCUUCCUCUGUUAUUUCCCCUAUCACGUCUUCUCCUUGCUAGAAAUAUCUCAAAACUCUUCCAGUCACGAGAUGAAAAUGGCCCUCUACAUAGGAAUCCCCUUGGUUUCCAGCCUCGCUUUCUUCAACAGCUGUAUAAACCCCAUCCUUUACGUCUUUGUGGGGCCAGAUUUCAAGGAGAAGUUUUGCCAGUCCAUCUUGUCGACCUUUGAAGGGGCCUUCAGUGAGGAGUCAAUGCUGGGCAGCCUGAGCAGCAGGAGGAAGUCCAGGUCUGCCUCGGAAGCAGAAGUCCCAAGGCUCUGACUGGGCAUGGUUCAUCAUGGGCACACUGCAGGGCAGGUUUCUCUCUCUCUUUGUCUCUCUUCUCUCUGCUUUUUUUCCUGCUGAUUUGUCACAACAUCCCAUUUUUAGCAGGCGACCCUUUGUAAAUGUCACUGAGUCUGUGACUUUGCUGACAGGACUCCCUUUAUUUUCCCUUCUCUCCAGCGUUCUUCAGCCAUGAGAAGCAGCCUCUGAGCUCAGUGGGUCACCUUGUAGGCACCCGAGUCUGCAUCACUACUGGGUUCACCCCCAGGGCAUUCCCAAAUGGCAAGUUAGCUGCUGGCAGGAUGUGUUCUCUGCACUUGCCAGGCUUUCCUGGCAGCCAGUCUUUGCUGGGAUGCAAAAUUCUGGGGUUCCACCAGAGGGCAAAAUUGGAUGCAGGUAUGCUGGCAGCAGGCGCAGCCGGCACUUCAGCUGGCCAAGAGGACAGAGGGAAGAGCUGCUUCAUAAAUUCCUUAUAACUGAAUCAGUAAAGAAAAGACAUCUUUUCCUGUGCAUCAUACCGAUAUGGCACAGGGGCUGCUGAUUUUUAAGUAGAAGAUGAUUAAAUU